AAUGCACCGCUGCCGCUCCCCCCCUCAAGCCGCCUCUCAGAGAGACUCGCUUGUAUCCCAUGAGCCACUGCUCUCCCCCUUUGCCGCCGGCGCACCUGCGCCUUUAAGGGUCGCCGCCUUCCGCCUUGCUUCCCUCCGCUGCCCCACAAUUCCGCGCGGCGCGCUCCCCUCCUCUCCUCCCUCCCUCCUCGCAGGGCCCCCUGAAGCCGCAAAAUGGCGGACACAAUGAGUAGCCUCCGCCGCUGCUGCAACUGCCGCCGCCGCCGCCUCCUCCUGCCGCCCGCAGCUUGACUCGAGCCCGCCUGAGGGCGCCGUCGACCAGCUUCUCCGCCCCACCAGCGUCCCCUCCCCGCGGCUUCCUCCUCUCCCUCCGCCGCCAGGCAGGCGCUUCCCGCUUUCCCCGCGCCCUCUUCGGCGCGCAGGCCCCGCCGGCUCCCUCCCUCCUCCGCCUCCUCCUCUCCCGCCAGCGGCGGCAUGAAGCUGACGGACAACGUGCUGCGGAGCUUCCGCGUGGCCAAAGUGUUCCGCGAGAACUCGGACAAGAUCAACUGCUUCGACUUCAGCCCCAACGGCGAGACCGUCAUCUCCAGCAGCGACGACGACUCCAUCGUGCUCUACGACUGCCAGGAGGGCAAGUGAGUGUACUGGGAGGGGGCGGGCAGGCCCGGGCAGGCGGGGGGGGGCAGAGAGAGAGGCUCUCUCUGAAGCCGGGAGGAGGCCCUUCAGACCUCUCGCACGUGAAGGGGAGUCAGUGGAGCGGGGGGGGGGCUUGAAGAGAGAAAUUUAGAACAUUAAAAAUAAACCGGUUCUCGGCAUCUGAGGAUGCUUGUGGAGGAGGGCGGCUUGGGGACCGGUGUGGGUGUGUUGUUGGCAGGACCGGCUGAAGGACAAGAAGCGCCUCGGGGUUGGUGGGAUGCCCCGACUUCCAAGGAGGGAGGAACCGAGGGCAUAGGCCCCCCCCCCAUUUGUAUCCCGCCGCUGUGAAAUCUGUGAGUAGGGCCUGUCUUCUAAUAUUCUUGGGAAAGUGCAAGUGCUCUAUAAGGAUUGGUGGUGUUUCCUGCCUUAGAGAAAAGCAAGUUGUACAUCUUAAAGGAAUCAGCUAAAGGCCCCCCCCCCUUUGGUUUGUCAGCCUAGAUUGCUUAGAGCGUGGUGCUGAUAACGCCAAGGUUGAUCCUGGUAUGUGGCAGCUGCUUAUUCCUGCAUUGCAGGGGGUUGGACUAAAUGAUCCCUGGGUCCCUUCCAACACUACAGUUCUAUGAUUGGGUUCCCCUCCCUGCCUAUGUUGACACUUGUGCCCCCUAACCUUUGUAUUUAUCUAUGCAAAUAAGCAGUGUGCUUGGUCCUAGGGGUUUAGGAGAAAAUCUCUAUGUUGAUGGUGACUUCAACAAGAUAGCAUUAUUGUGGGAUCUUUAGCACAUGGAUGUGUUAGGGAUGUAGGUAUACUGGGGCUGAGUGGAGAAAGGCAUGUAUAAAAACAGUACCUCAGUUGGAAUACGGUUGUUUCAGCAGAGGAUCAUGAAGUGAGUAAUUGUCCCGUCAGUAGCACCAGAUAUAAUGCUGUAGAAUAGAUAGACUGCUAAGUAGCUGCCCUUUCAUUUUUAUCAUUGUGAGAAAAUGAAGUUGAAAUUAUACCGGCAAUCGGGUCAGACACAACUCCAUUUGUGUUGCCCUACUAAAUGAUUUGGUGAUUAUAAGUAUUCUUGCAAAUGCAAUUUGCUGCUACUGUUAGUAGAUUUCAAUGAAAUAAAAUGCAUUUAUAAAGGUUUAUGUUCAGUUUUCUUUCCUUCUCACUCAGUGUCUUGUUAAAGUCGAUACAGAAAGCACCUUUCUUUGACCCACUUCCUUGUUUUUAUAUGUGAGACCAAAACAUUGAGACAAUGUGAAUGAUUACCAAAUCCUAGUGAAUGUGAUAUUUUAAGCAUCACACCUAUAACAGAAUUUUCUUCAGCUCGCCUACUAAAAGUCUGGUACACUAAUAAAGUAGUUCCUACCCCACUUCCAAAUCUGUGCUUCUGUGGGGUAGAGGUGUACCUAGGGGUUGGCGACAUUUGCCCUUGCUAGGGGCACAAAAUUCACCCAUCAGGCAGAAUCCUCCUGUUAUACUUGUAGUGCCAGGUAUCUCAGGAAAGGUUGUUGCUGCUACAGGUGCAGGAGGGGACGGAAAGGGUCCUCAGAGCAGCUACCAGGCAGAAAACAGUGCAGCUGCCCCAUUCAGCCCCAAGGAGACAUGUUCCUCCUGUCCAGGCAACCUCACCUGCUGCUCAGAUUUGAUGGGGGCGGGGGAUACAGCUCAAGAGCACAAGGGACCCUAGGUAUGCCUCUGCUAGAGGGUAGAUUAUAAGGGAGUUUUUUUUCUGCCAGAGGUUGGGGACUCUGCCAGAGGUUGUCUUCUGUUGACAGCCAACCACCAGUGGUAUCGUGGAGGCGGGGCAAAGAGGUUUUCCCCUUUCCUGCUGUAUCUAGCUUGCUUCACUUUGUUGGGGGAUGGGUUGGGUGUUAGACACAUUCAUUUUGCAUAUUUAAUCCAUGUGGUCCCAGCACACAACUUGUGUGUGCUCCUCAUGUGCACACACCAGAUGUUGGGAACUGAAGUUGUGCAUAGUCUCCACACAGGGAAAGGGAUGACAUGGGUAUGGAAGACCCUAGGCCACAUCACAUUUGGGUUGUGUGUGAGUGAGAGUUAGGGGGAAGGGUGCCGGGUGCCAGUUGUCAUUUUUUAUUUUCACCUUGCAGCUGUGUUAUCACGUCUUUGGUACUGCUGAUACCAUUACAAAUGUAAAAUGUUGAUUUAUGUUGCAUUUUUAGGCAUUUUGGACUGUGACCUUCCAGAUUUUCUAUGUAUAUCUUUGAUCAGUAAUGUGCAGCUAUGUUAGGAUUGUUUUCACAUUAGCUGCUAGAUACCUUGAAGAAUCAAGAAGGGAAACAAAAUUUCCAAUACUUUUAAAGACACAUAAUAAUAAAUUAUUAAAAUUCAGUGAGAUACGGUUUUUCAAAAUAAUUGUAUUAAUAGUAUUUCUUACUAUACAUAGAUAUAUAAUCUGUCAUCAGUUGUACUCCAUGAUUUAUACUCUUGUCUUUUGUAGACAGAGUUCCCAUAUUUGCGGCUCUCCCGUGUGGUGUAGUGGUUCAGAGCGGUAGUCUCAUAAUCUGGGGAACCGGGUUCGCGUCUCAGCUCCUCCACAUGCAGCUGCUGCGUGACCUUGGGCCAGUCACACUUCUUUGAAGUCUCUCAGCCCCACCCACCUCACAGAGUGUUUGUUGUGGGGGAGGAAGGGAAAGGAGAAUGUUAGCCGCUUUGAGACUCCUUAAAGGGAGUGAAAGGUGGGAUAUCAAAUCCAAACUCCACUUCUUCUUCCCCUCUUGAAGAGUCUGCUCUUUUCCAUGUAUUUUAAAGUACUUAACUCCAUUAGCUGACCCUAUCCGGGCAAAGUUUAGAAUAUUAGCGGGGGGGGGGGCAGUUCCAAUUCAUUCUACUGCUGAAUAGGAAUCAUGGUUUCUGUUUUCAUUCUGAGAGCAUCAAAUAAUCUUUCGCAGUCAACCUUCAGGAUAGUGAAAUCUUUGCCAAGAAUGAAGCUAUCUUUUCUAUUAAAAAAAACGUUUCUUCUAUUGAAACCCAUAUUAUUUUUGCAUCUGUCUGAUUUAGGUUUAAAGCAAUUUUUCAAAUUUCAAAGGAAAAAAUCAUUUACUUGUUAAAUUGGUUGCCCCUAGCAAGAGUGUCCAGAGCUUAUGAAAUGAGACAUCAAUGAAAAGCACAAUCACAUGUAAUCAGACUAUGUGUUGUUGUGUAGCUGCAAGCUUUAUUUUCUCCUUGUUUAAGGCAGUUCUUAGACCAAAUAAAUGCCUUUUUAAUAAUUGACUAUCAUGAAAGCAGUCCUAUGAUCUUGCAUGCUGGCAUUGGUGACACAUACAGUUUGUUCCCUCCCUUUCCCCAAGGGGAGUGUGUAUCAAGCCAAAAAGAGUUCCUUACCUUCUCACUUCUUUGUGGGCUCAAUUUUAUGGAACUCCUUUCCAGCUGAGGUCAGACAGCCCCCUUCCCUGUUGAACUACUGAAGAUAUUUUAAUUGAAGUAUUUUUAUAGUUCCGACCAAUUUUAUAGUUCCAUCAAAAAAUUCAUUUUUGUGUAUUAUAUUUCUUGUACAGUGCUUAGAGGUGGUUAUAGUUAAGCAGUAUAUAAAUUGUUUAAAUAAAUAAUAAACAAAAAGGGGAUUUUGCCACCUGUUGUUGAAUCUCAGUUUACAUGCUCUUUUUAUAUUUGUUCUUCUACUCUGUUGAUUCUCACUCUGACCACAGAUAGACAAAUUGUAAUUAAGUGUCCCACAUUCACCUAAUACUUCUGUCAGUUUGAAGAGGACAUAACAUACCAGAGCGCAAUGAAUUUUUGAGUGCUAGAUGUUAUAGAAGUGGCACAGUAUAGUGGUACCUUGGGUUAAGUACUUAAUUUGUUCCGGAGGUCCGUUCUUAACCUGAAACUGUUCUUAACCUGAAGCACCACUUUAGCUAAUGGGGCCUUCUGCUGCCGCCGCACCGCCGGAGCACGAUUUCUGUUCUCAUCCUGAAGCAAAGUUCUUAACCCGAGGUACUAUUUCUGGGUUAGCAGAGUCUGUAACCUGAAGUGUAUGUAACACCCUUUCACUUAGCAAGAACAUAAUUUUCACUCCCCUACCUAUGUUACAGUAUCAACAAGUUUGAAAAUAAAAUGUAUUUGUGUUUAUUGCUUAAAUACUAUAAUCUACCACUAUAGGCCAUGUUUAGUGUUACAGGAGCAAACCACAAACCUGGGCUUAUGCAUUCCCAACAUUCCUUUUGCUGUGAGAAGGAUGAGCUUGAAAGCUUCUGCUUUCAAUUUUAAACUAACUACAAUUAUGUCCAAAGUUGGGACUCUGAUUAAACUCUCUAGCCAUGGUUUAUGAUUCUUACAUGAAUCAGUUGAAUCAAACCAGAGAUCCUGGAGUGCGGACAAGGAGGAAUCGUAAUUAAAAUUAAAAAUACAGUCAUACUUUGGUUGUCGAACGCCUUGCAACUUGAAUGUUUUGGCUCCCAAACUGCGCAAACCCCGAAGUGAGUUCUUUGGAACUCAAAUGUCUUCUGUGGCUUCCAAUUGAGUGCAGGAAGUUCCUGCGGCCAAUCCAAAGCUGCAUCUUGGUUUUCUAACAUUUUCGGACGUCGAAUAGACUUCUGGAACGGAUUCCGUUCGAAAACAAAGGUACGACUGUAGAUGCUUCUGACCACCCCUUCCUGGUGUACCCCAUGGCUCAUUCCUAUAAUACUAAACUAUAGUUUACUGGUACAUUCAAAGUGACUUAGCCUAUGAGAUGCAGUAUCUAGACUGGGUUUUGAUGCGGAAGGCCCAAGUUCAAAAUUGACUCAUCCAUAAAGUUCAUAAGCUCCUGGCCAAUAUAUAGUUUUUAUGAUGAGACAGAUAACAAAUCUCUUCUUGCAGCAAGCUACAAUGAUUGCUUUUAAAUUUCCUGGGUAAAGAUUCAGAAAUACUGGCAUGACUCAGUAGCCAAACAUGUUUAUGACUUCCUCUGAACCUUCCCCUCCCCCACGUUUUCUCCAUGUGUUAUAGGAGAGGUCUUCUAUAUCGUGCUGAGCUCUGGGCCAGGCAAAAUAAGUGCUGACUUGUGCUACUUCUGCCUGGCUAUGUGUAAAGUAAAUAGCAAACUCCUUUUGUGUAUGUUACAAGAUUUGACAGAUGUGAGGGAAUUUCUUACUGUAGUGGAAGAUUAGAUCUAGGGCUCGGAUUUGGGUUGUGUCUGCACAUCAUGCUAACCCAUGGUUUGACAUGAUACCAAGGAGCUGAAAUAAGGCUUAUGCACUGCCACCGCCUCUCCCCUACCUCUGUGUAGCCAGAAGGAAGCUUUUGACUGCAUCUGGUUUCACUUUUCUCUGAAUCUUUGCUUGUUGUGUCAUCUGGGCCAGGAUUUAUUAUAAACUCUGAGUGGUUUAACAAACCAGCUUCAGACACCAUGGUUUGAAGUGAGCUUGUUUUGAAUCUGAUUCAUUGGAACUGUUUCUAGCCCCACAAUCUCUUUAUUUAAUGGCAUACACUAGCAUGUAAAAAAAAUCAUUUGUUAGUCACAGUUCAUUUUGUGGUAAUCAAAGGUGACAGAAACAGCAGUCUUAAAAUGGCAGUUGUCUUCUUUGAGUGAAGGUGUUCAAUUGCUUUUUUAAAGGUUUUGAUAUGGCUAAGCGGAGUUCUUGUAUGUUGGAACAAGUAUAAUCGUUCUUGUAUUUCUUCCUGGCAGACCUAAGAGAACACUAUACAGUAAAAAGUAUGGAGUGGAUCUCAUCAGAUACACGCAUGCUGCCAACACUGUGGUGUACAGUUCCAAUAAAAUAGAUGGUAAGUGAUCUAUUCAUUGUCUCUGAUAUCUACUUGCUUUUUGGCAGGGAUAGAUAAUAAAUACUUGAGCAAAAGAUUGGGCUUGACUACAUUGAGUGGUUUAUUCAUUCAAGCUUUUAGAAGGUAAAUGAAUAUUUUCCUGCUCUUAAUGUUUGAUCUCUAAAUUAUUAUUUUAAAGAGAUACCUUAGUCAAUUCUUGACUGAACUUUUAAUCAGGGUGAAAUGAAAGCCUGAACCAUUGAUUUGAUGCAAGCUAAACAUGUAUGCAGGUGUCUCUUAGCUUUGCUACUGGCUUAUGCAAUUUUAACCAUGUCUACUUAGAGGUAAGUCCUAUUGAGUUCAGUGUGACUUACGUCCAGGUAUGUGAGGUUACAAUUGCAGCCUUAGAACUUGCCCUCAUCUCUUGUUUUCCCCAACCGUAAAUGCGUUAUGUUUACUUAGGAAUAUAAAUUGGGGUCUGUAAAUUCAUAAAUUCAUUCCUAAAAAACAUUACAGUUCAUUUGACAUGACUCUAUGUGGUUAACGAUGUUGAUUAUCUUUAUCAGACUGGGUUCUGUUGGUCACAUCAGAUGUACAUUUUUUAGUAUUUGAGCUUGUCUUGAGCAGAAACGUGAACCUGAAAGAGAUUUAUGAAUAUGGGCUUUGAUUUUUCCCCCUACUCAUUCUAUCCUUCCCACACUUUUCCUGCUUCUUUUUCAGUCGCAUCCAUUUCCCCAAACUACUCUCCUCACUUCUGUUGUUGUGCUUGCUCUGCAGAUUCUGCAGUUCCCACCUUCAGUUUAUUUAUUGAAUUUAUAUCCCAAUCCUACCAGUGCAACCCUUUCCUCAACUAUUGACAUGUUUGCUCCUCUCUCACAACAGCUCUCUCAUCUCGAAACCUGGCUUGUUUCAUCCAUUCAAUAUCUCUGUUCAUACUCUAAUACAGAUGAGCAGUUUCUGCUUCUCAUCUACCAUUUAUCUAGUGGGUAAUCAUUAAUUUCUGACUUUUAACUUGAUAAUGUUGUCUCCUUAAGUUGACAUUUAAGCAUUUGAACAAACCAUGCUUGAUUAAAACACUGAACAAGUUUUCUAGCUUGCUUUUCAUCCUCUGGAAGUGGUGAGAAAUUUAUUUCCCCACCCCCCUGUUGGCCAGCUUCAUUCCCUCGCCCACAUACCCCUGUGGGCCACCCUCCAAUUAUUGGCAGUUACAGUGAGCACCUUUAAAGUCCAUUUGUGAGUAUGAUUUGAUUUAACACUGCACCUGCAAAUGGACAAAGCUGGGCUCAGUGGGGAACCCCUUAGUGCAGGCUUCCUCAACCUCGUCCGUCCAGAUGUUUUGCGACUGCGACCUGAUCACUGGUCCUGCUAGCUAGGGAUCAUGGGAGUUGUAGGCCAAAAACAUCUGGAGGGCCGAGGUUGAAGCCUGCCAUAGUGCAACCAAUUCUAGUAAAGCUUGAUGGUGGUGCUGAUUUAAGCUCCCAGUUGUUAUUUUGUAGCUGCAUCCUUACCUGUCCCACACCUGUCCAUAUAUAUGCCAUCAGGUGUGGGGUGGGCGGGCGGGCAUGUUUGAGGAAAGCAGCCUUGCUUGCCAUUUUGGGUCCUGUGCCCGCAGGGUGGAGGUUUUUCGCCCUUUGUAGGGCAAGCUUCUAAAAUUAUCCUUUUUAAGCUGUAAGUACAAGGAAUUUAUUUUAUACUCAUAUCUAUUUUGGCUCAAUGUAGUAACAUCUUGAGUAAAAUAAUAAAACUUUUGUCAAAUUCAGUUAGUUAUAACCUGAGAGUAAGAUGUUAAGAUAUUUGGUGUCCUUUAAAGAAUAGUCAAGUUUAUUAUCAAGGCAUUAAUAUUCUAAAAAUUAUCUGAGAAGAAUUGUAGGCAUUCACAGAGGGUAAUAAAAGUAUUAUGAAUAAUAUCUUGAGGUUUUUUAAUCUAAAGCUUAAAAUUCAGAAUAUUUUCAGAACUGGCCAGUCUUUCUGGCCUCUGCAUAGAGGUGAUACCACAGCAGUAAUUAACCACAUCCUUCUCUUGCUGGGUGUACAAAAUUAUGAUAUGGCUCCUUAACUUUUCUUUUUAAAAAACAAAAUGUGUGUACAUUCCUUGAUUAUGAAACAGUCCUCAGCCAUGGUUGGCAGUGUUAGAGUAUGCAGUGAUAUGGGUUUUCCAGAACCAGCACGGUGCACUGGUUAGAGUGUUGGACUAGGGCCUGAGAAACCAAAGUACAAACCCCACUCAAACCCUGAGUUGUCGCCAAGCCUAGUAAUACUCAAAGUAGACCAAUUGAAAUUAUUAAACCUAGGGUCAGUGUCAACUAUUCCAUACUACUAGCAGAAGUCAGAACAAUGACUUAAAGCUCAGUGGGUGCCCUUAGACGAGUUACUGCCUCUCACUUUAACUUACCUCACAAGUCGAUGGGAUGAUAAAAUGGGAGUUCAGGGGAGAACUAUAUGUACCUUAAGAUCCUUGGAAAAAGAUGGGAUAUAAACAAAUAAAUUAAAAAUAAAUAAUUUCCAAACCCUAAAUCAAUUGAGUCUGAUUUUACAUAAUUGAUUGUUUUAGUAAAAAUAAGAAGUGGGGAUUAGGUGAAUCAUGUUUGGGCUAGUUGAGGCUCAUCUGCAUAGCACUACCAGGGUUGCAUGCGAACUUAGCCAUUGAAGCUGUAAUGCUGUAUUCAAGCCAAAGCUUUACUUGAAAAUACUUUUCGAGAUAUAACAGCUUGGCAACAUACACUUCCUUACAUAGGGCUGUGUCCAAUGCUAGUCCUUUUCAGAGUAGACCUGUUGAACUUAAUGGACGUUACUAACAGGGGAGGAAUUCAUUGUCGUAUGAAGGAUGUUGUUCUGUCAGCACUAGUGUUUUCUGCUUGUCUUAUGGAAUGAUCUCCCCUCUUCUCCCACGACAUGCUGUUCUUAGUGUUCUCCUGCCCCUCCAGAGCAGCUUUGGGUGGGGUCCCAUUGCUUUAGUGGGAGUCAUUGUUCUGACUUCUGCUAGUAGUAUGGAAUAGUUGACACUGACCCUAGGUUUAAUAAUUUCAAUUGGUCUACUUUGAGUAUUACUAGGCUUGGCUACAACUCAGGGUUUGAAAUUUAAAGGAAAACAAACACACAAAAAUAUGUUUAUAUUUAUUACAUAUUCAUGCACACUUCUGAGGGAUAGUGAUCUACAAAAUGUUAAUCACAACUUUGAAACUGCAGAGUUUGACUGUUUUAUGUGUAACUAAUGAAUUUUAUGAAAUAAUGGAUUUUUACAAAUGGGAAAACAUUAGAAAGUUUUUCUACCUUGCAUCACUGAUAUGUGCUUCAAAAGGUAUCUAUCUUGAAUGUCUGAAGCAUUUCAAGAACUCAUACAGUAUGGACAUGUUCUUGGAAGAGGCAGGCAAGUCAAAGUCCUUUCCUGCAGGAGGCUUGCCACAAUUUGUGUAUUUAAUUAAUAUUUAGGUGUUUCUGAAUUUCUGCUUGAACCAGCUCUGCUGAUGUACUCCUCUAUGAAGAAUGUCUCAGUUUUCAAGCCUAAUUCUACCUGCCUGAUUCCAGGCUGAGGUAGUAGUUUGUACAGUUUGAGGGUCUAUGAUACCACCCGGUACAGGAGAUAACUGUACAGGCCACUGCCUUGCCUGGGACAGAGCUUUAUCUGCUAAAACAAGGCGCUUCCUCCCUGCAUUCGUUUGGUGCCAGGUAACUGUUGCUACUUAAAGACCAUCAGUCUCUCUCAAAUGUGUGUGUGUUUAAACAAUAGAUUCAGGAAUUUAAAAAACCUGUGCAUUGCAGUGUGCAUGGUAGAGAGUUGGCUCUUCAGACUAGCAUGUCUGUCCUGGGCAUUCAUUUUUGGCUUGCAAAAUUGUUCUUCAAAAUGUGGCUACGUCCCUCUGCAUGUUCUUAUCAGUUUCACUGGAAAAUACUUAAGCACAUUAUUUUUCAUGCGAUUAAAGGGCUGCAAAAUGUGUGGGUUCUGCAUCCUUACUUUCCACUUGGGAGUUGAAAUUCUCAUCUUAUUUGCUCUCCCACUAUAGUUUGUCUUUUGAAGAAGCUGACUUAUUUACGUCAACAUUUAUAAAUAUAACUUUGAGUAAAGACUGAGAAAUAAUUUUACAAGAUUAGUUUUAUCUGCUGUAUAACUUACUUAACUGUAACGAGUACAAACCAAAAAAGUAUGUUGAAAAUACUGAUUGAGAAAUACUGCAAAUGUAAUGCAAGUGAUCAAUCUCAAUGUUCUAUUCGUGAUUAUAUACAUGUUUAAGCAUUGCUAUUUAGUUGUCUUUUACUUGUUUACUUCUGUUCGUUUCUUUUUAUCCAGAAGUAGUUUUCAGAGUUCAGUAUCCCAGAAUUCUCAUUUUAACUGCAGUUGUUGAGCUGAGGUGGUUGGCACUUGGAUAAGGUUUACAUGACUGCUAAAUUCUUAACACAGCUAAAAGUUAAACAAACUGCAGGUAGAGAAAUGGUUAUAUUUUUUAGACAGAAAGUACAGUAUAUUAUUCCUACUGGCUCAAACCUAAAACAUUUUCAUGCUGGGACAUGCAAGUACUGUACUAUUUUGCUCAGGCUCUGCCAGAAGACUGUACUUCAUGGCUUCAAUUUUAACCCACACAAUAACUGUGUUUCAAGAAAAAUAACUGUCUCUAUUGAAAUAAACAAACUGUUAUUACUGGCCAGGUGAUGCAGGGUUGCUGUAUAAUAUUGUUUGCCUUGUUGAUUUCUUGUAGAUACAAUCAGAUACCUCUCUCUGCACGACAAUAAAUACAUCAGAUACUUCCCAGGACAUAGCAAAAGGUAAGAUGAGUAGUGCACUCGUAAUUUUGCUGGUAAAGAAGCAGGAAUAACGGUGCAUUUUGUUGAAUUUUUAUCUUGUUUAAAUUGGCAAGAAUGAAAGAUGAAAAAAUAGUUUUGUGUCAUUUAUUUUUAUCUCACCUUCAGAGUUGUUGCUCUGUCCAUGUCUCCAGUGGAUGAUACCUUUAUUUCUGGGUCGCUUGAUAAGACCAUCAGACUUUGGGAUCUUCGAUCUCCAAAUUGCCAGGUAUUGAGUAUUGGUUAAUGGGUAGUCGGCAUAAGGUGCACUGGAGGGCUGCUUCAGAAUAUAGAAUAGACUGUAGAGCAUAGUAUUCAAUUCCACUAAAAGAUGGUGUGUUACCAAAGGAAUUACAAGCCUAUAAAUCUGUUCUGUGCAUCAGCUUGAGCCUUUUCUCUAAUACUAAUUGCCAGAAUUUGUGGUGGUUCAGCAUUGGAAUCACAACUGGGGAGGGAAAUGUUCACCUCCCCAUCUGUUGUGGUCCCAAAGAACAUUUUCCCUCCAUGCACACACUUCUUAGUGAUAUUUUUAAACCUUAUGCAUGGUUGUUACCCACACAAUUAUAGCAAAUAUUCAGCCUAUGGGUAUGUAUCCAGUUUCUUCCUCAAAAGCUGCAACUCUGGGAUGAAGAGAAUUAUUCUAUUGAUGAAGAGCAAGGUAGUUGUAGGAAGCACUGGAAUCUGAUUGGAUAUCUCGGUUACAUUAUUUGAUUUCUAAAUAUAUCAAGGACACAAAUAAACAUUAAUUUGCAACUUUGAUUGAUAUCUUAGCCUUUGAUUUAGUAAAUAAGGACCAGCUGCGGCUCACAAGUUCGCCAGUACUAAUAUUGACAAAAGGUUACUGUGACUUGUACAGACUCUGCAUUAGAACACUCCCCUGCAAUUAAGAGUGUGCAUUAAUGAUGUUUUAAUAUAAGCAGUUUUGAUAAAAACGGGUAAAGGAGAGAUAUAGUUUGGUCCCACUUUUCAUUUUUUGCAUAAACAACAUUGUUGCAGAAAUGUCUGCUUUGGUGGAAUGAAUGAUUUCAGCUCUGCUUUAUGCCAAUAACGUAGCAUUGUUAUCAUGAAGUAAGAUACAGUGCUACCUCAGGUUAAGUACUUAAUUCCUUCCGGAGGUCCGUACUUAACCUGAAACUGUUCUUAAUCUGAAGUACCACUUUAGCUAAUGGGGCCUCCUGCCGCCACCGCCGCGCCACCAGAGCCCGAUUUCUGUUCUUAUCCUGAAGCAAAGUUCUUAACCUGAAGCACUAUUUCAGGCUUAGUGGAGUGUGUAACCUGAAGCGUAUGUAACCCGAGGUACCACUGUAGGCUUAACUAACAUUGUCUAAAUUUGAAUCACUGUAGGAAGUAAUCAAGCACUCUUAGGUUAUGUUUGCUUAAAUAUCCCAAAAAUGUAAAUGGCUGCUUGAUGGCCAAAUGUGUAAACACAAACAGGCAUUUAGAUACCUGCUACCUUUUUCUUGGUGAAACGUUAACUGGGAAAUUUCAGAUAGCUGCUGUCAAAACAUCUGUUCAGAUUCAAAAGCAGAUAGUUCCUAUUUUGAGUAUUUUCUCUGCCAAUGCUUUAGCUCUGAGGCUGAGCUUUGGGGAGGAGUAAAAUCAGAACUAUAAUUAAAUAAAUUUUAAACAAAGAUCUUAGGACUCCCUAUAUGAACACCAUCAAUUCCUCUUAGAUCCAACUUUAGCUUAUCUUUUGUAGCUGGACCUAACGGUCAGGGGUCCCUUUACUUUUACCUUUACCUUUAAACAAAAUGAAUAUAUCUUAACUAAAUUAUAUUCAUUGGAACACCUAAGUGUCAGAUGGCGAGGGUGGCUGCUCACGAGUAAGCAGGCAGGACUCCAACCUGUCUUUUACAGGUUUUAUUUUGGUGCAAACUAUUUACAGUGCAGAAACCCAAAGUUCAUGCCUGCCUCAAUCGCUAGCAGAAUCUGGGAGUGCCUGUUUCCUGGACCUCCUCCAGCAUAAAAGCCUCGUUACGUCCAGCCUUUUCCGUCCCUCUUUGCGCUUUAGACUUCUGCGCAGGGUGGGCGACAGAGGGGGGCGUGCUUCCCUCCUGGCCGGCUUUGCCAGAAGUGGUGCUGAGGCUCCCACCAGCAUCCUCUGGUCCUUUCACCUCUUCUCCACUGGAGGUGGGGUUUUCCUCAUCACUGGAAGAAGAACUGCCUUGCAAGAUUUUCGGAGGCUCCCUGUAACACAACUGCCCCUCUGUUUCCCGCCCCUGUUCUGAUGCAGUUCCCUGACAGUCAUGUGCAGAGUUGUCAAAAAACCAAGUAAACUGUAAUUUAGCAAUUGUUUAUGAGGUCCAGAAAAAUGGUGUAAUUUAUAAUAUGUUUCUCAUAAGAUUAUGCCAAGGCACAUUACCUAUAAAUACUAACUUUCCUUGGUUCUUCACGGAGCUUAGACUCAAGUAAUGCCACCCAUAUAUAUUUAAUGGAGUUUUACAGGUAUCUGUGGCACCAAUGAAAAUGUGGGUUUGGCUGUAAUCAUAUAGACAUAAUUCACAACUAAGUUUUUUCAAUUAUAUGUUGAACCAUGGAAAUUUUAAAUAAUCUCUUAACAGUGUUGUGAUAGAACAAUACAAGAUAUUGUGAUAUAAUUGUUAAUACAUAGUUUUAUAUUUAUAUGCUGGCAUUGCUUGCCACAGUAGUUAGGAAACUACAUGCAUACCUGUUAGUGAUUCAUCUUUGUUAAUGAUUCACAUUUAAUCAUUCCAACUCAGUAUUCUGGUUUAGAAAUAUAGUGGGCAUGAAUUCUAUUAUUAUUAUUAUUAUUAUUAUUAUUAUUAAUUAUAAUAUAAUGUAUAAUGCAUAUUGUUGACUGUGAGAGAGAGUGCAUGCGUUCUUGCUUGUAUUGUGAUUUAACAGUAAUAGAAAUAACACAUUUUGUUUUAUGUGGAGUAAUUUAUUUUAAUUUCCCAAAUUAAAGGGCUUGAUGCAUCCUCAAGGGAAGCCUGUGUGUUCAUUUGAUCCAGAGGGGCUGAUUUUUGCAGCUGGGGUCAAUUCCGAAAUGGUGAAGCUUUAUGAUCUUCGCUCAUUUGAUAAGGUAUGUAAUGUUCAGGUGCAUUUGAGAUUGUAAACAUUCCCAAGAGAUCUCUAUAAACAUUUCUGUAACGGGCAGAAUUCCUGUGAUUCAGAUAUAAUGCAUUUAACUCUAGAAAACAAAAGUCAUACUCUAGAUCUAUUAAAGUAAAACGUAAUUUUUGUUAAGUGGUCCUGAGUUUUCAUUCAUGUUGGAAGAAUGCCCUAUCUGAUCAGGGUCUAUCUAGACCAGCAUUCUUUGCCAGCGUCCCAGUGACCAAGAGAUGCUCACUGGCUCCCUUCAGUCUUCUCACAACAAAAAUAAUUCUGUAUGACUGUGUUUGUGCAGGUUCAUGUUAACUUUCAUAAAUAGAAUGAUUGAGAUGGUUCCGCUAUAUGCCCUCAUUUGGUUUCCUUUCUUGAAGGGUCCAUUUGCUACCUUUAAGAUGCAGUAUGACCGAACCUGUGAGUGGACUGGUUUGAAGUUCAGCAGUGAUGGUAAACUUGUUCUUAUAUCAACCAAUGGAGGGUUCAUCCGACUCAUAGAUGCCUUUAAAGGAGCUGUUCUUCAUACAUUUGCGGUGAGGCUGCUUUCCUUACUUUCUGGGGUGCUCUCUGUCUUAAACUUCCUUAGUUAUAGGUGAGAUGUACCGUAUUUUUUGCUCCAUAAGACACACUUUUUUCCUCCUAAAAAGUAAGGGGAAAUGUGUGUGCGUCUUAUGGCGCGAAUGCAGGCUGCGCAGCUAUCUCUGAAGCCAGCACAGCAAGAGGGAGAGCUGCGCAGCACCUCUUGUUGUGCUGCCUUUCCAGCGAAGCGGGAGGAGGGACAGAAGGGAGCCCUUACGGAGCCCCUUCCGUCCCUCAUCCUGCUUCACUGGGAAGCCAGCAGACCAAGAGGCGCUGCACAGCUCUCCCUCUUGCUGUGCUGGCUUCAGCGAUAGCUUAAGAGGCUUUGCACAGCAAGAGGGAGAGCUGCGUUAGGGCACCCUUCCGUCCCUAAUCCUGCUUCGCUGGGAAGGCAGCACAACAAGAGGCGCUGUGCAGCUCUUUCUCUUGCUGUGCUGGCUUCAGAGAUAGCUGCACAGCUUGCUCUGGUUUUCAGGGAGGUGGGAGACGGGACAGAGGGAAGUCCAUCAGUCCCUUUUUCCACCUCCCGAAAAAGCCAGCAAGAGCCACUCUAUCUUUAAAGAGCCGCGCCGAGCGAGCGUGUCUGCGGCUCUUGCUGGCUUUUCUUCUUUUUCUUCUCUAAAAACUAGGUGCGUCUUAUGGUCGGGUGUGUCUUAUAGAGCAAAAAAAUAUGGUAUUGCACAGAUCCACUAGUAUUGUUUUAAAGAUUUCUCAGCUGUUCAUCUUUCAACAAUCAUUCUGUCUAAAUGUUCAUGUUACAGACAUUUUUAGGAGGCACUAUCAGGCGCUUCUUCCAUAAACCUAUUACUGUUUGGUGGAAAUCAGGGUUCAAUAUUGCAGCCCAGCAGACAAGGCUUAAACCAAUAAGAGUGACAAGUGAGUCAGUAGUGCAACUGAAACAGUAAUUUAUUAAGCAGACUAUCCAAUGCAAGUGUAAUAGAUAAAGAAAGCAGAUAAAGCAUGAAUUCUUUACAUAACAGUACUUGGUAUUGCAUUGCAAUGUCCUCCUACAGUCCUCUUGUUCAUCUACUUAAGACGUGAUUAUUCUAAGUUCCAUAGUAGUUCAUAAUUAACAGUGACCAUCAAUAUCAAUGGAUCUCAUGGUCCUUUCUGUAUCCUUUGAGAGACAAAGUAAGCCUACCCUACUCCUGUCCUUUAUAGGUUUUUAUAUUGAUCAUAGGUGGGAACAAUUUUUUCCACCCACUUUGUUUACCCAGUUUUCUCCUGUAAUGUCAUCUUAGCUUCUAUCAUUUAGUGGCUUCAUUAUUCACCAAGCCACCAGACAAGACGUUCCUCAUUCUCUUAUCAGCCCAUGGUGUUGCACAUGCUGCUUCUGUUUUUUUGGUUUUUUUUUAAGUAAUAUUUAUUAAGAUUUGAAAGGUUACAAAAAGAAAAAAAAACAGCAUACUAAACAAAAACAGAACAUCACAUCACAAUAAAGAAAAAAAAAGAAAAAAAAGAAAGAAAAAAAUACAAUGAAUCUUCCCAUAACUUACCUUUCAUUUGUUUGUUUCCUUGACCUCCUCACACCUCCCUUUUUUGUAUUCUAGUUCAAUUAGCUAUUUCAGCAAGUCCUUUCCAUCUUUUCCAGUUUUUGUCCUCUAUUUUAUCUUAAUAUAAUGUUACUUUACUUUCCCUCCUUUCACCAUUUAACAAUCUGUUUUUUUUCUUAACCCUUUACGGUAUCUCUGCUAAAACCACAUUAUUUCAUUCCAACAUCCUUCUAACAUUCCUUAAUGUCUUCCAAUACUUCACGAUGAGUAUUCUUUCUGCUGUUGUGGCAUACAUAAAGAAAGGUCUAUCCUUUUUUGGCACCAAUUGGCCGACCAUGCCCAGGAGAAAGGCCUCUGGUUUCUUCAGGAAGGUAUAUUUAAAUACCUUUUUCAUUUCAUUAUAAAUCAUCUCCCAGAAUGUCUUAAUCCUUGGGCAUGUCCACCAAAGGUGAAAAAAUGUACCUUCAGUCUCUUUACAUUUCCAACAUUUAUUAUCGGGCAAGUGAUAUAUUUUUGCAAGCUUGACUGGUGUCAUGUACCACCUGUAGAUCAUUUUCAUUAUAUUCUCUCUUAGGGCAUUACAUGCCGUAAACUUCAUACCUGUGGUCCAUAACUGUUCCCAGUCAGCCAUCAUAAUAUUAUGUCCUACAUCUUGUGCCCAUUUAAUCAUAGUUGAUUUCACCGUUUCAUCCUGAGUAUUCCAUUUCAACAGCAAGUUAUACAUUCUUGACAAGUUCUUAGUUUUGGGAUCUAACAGUUCUGUUUCCAAUUUUGAUUUUUCCACCUGGAAGCCAAUUUUUUUAUCCAAAUUGUACGCCUCCAUUAUUUGAUGAUAAUAAUGGAGCCAGUCUCGCACUCUAUUUUUUAAUUUUUCAAAACUCUGCAGUUUUAAUCUGUCUCCCUCUUGUUCCAAAAUUUCCCAAUAUUUCGGCCAAUUGGCCUCCAUAUUGAGCUUUUUCUGAGCCUUCGCUUCCAUUGGUGACAGCCACCUUGGGGUUUUAUUUUCAAGCAAGUCCUUAUAUCUUAUCCAGACAUUAAACAGUGCUUUUCUGACAAUAUGGUUUUUAAACGCUUUAUGUGCUUUAACCUUGUCAUACCACAAAUAUGCAUGCCACCCAAAUACGUUGUUAAAACCUUCUAGGUCCAGCACGUCAGUGUUUUCAAGAAGAACCCUGUACUGCACAUGCUGCUUCUGUAUGACACAGGUUAUGCUGAGCCAAACUCUUUUACUGCAGUAGUUCAUCAAGGGCCCAGUAGUUCUCUAGGUCUGGCAGGAUUAGAUUGUCAGCACAUCAGUUUCUUUUAUUAAUAUCCCUUUAAUUUCAAGAAUACUUCAAAUAUUUACAGUUUCUGCCUAAUUGCCAUUUACUUCCCAAAAUCUUCGAUCACUCUUUCUAACCCAGGUAACUAAAGGAUUUCAUGUGUAUCAUCUUCUGGACUCUAGUGGAUUCUUGCUUCUUAGCAUGAGGCAUUGACUUGCUUUUCUUGCCUCCAAACUCACUUUUCCUUUUUCUUUGCAGGGAUUUAACAACACAAAAGCUGUUACACUGGAAGCUUCAUUCACCCCAGACUCUCAGUUUAUAAUGAUUGGUAAGAGAGCCACACUCCUUUAUGUAACUGGGGAACACCAAGUUUGAAAAGUAAUUUCAGUGUCACUUCCAAUGCAGCCUAUGGCCUGAAAAGAUUUCUGCCCUUCUGGGGUGUAUCUGGCUGUUUUGUAUAUAUUGGCUGUGCCAUCAGUUGAAAAUCAGUUGGGUUGCUUAAUUAAUUGGUCUCCUGUUGGUGCUUCAUACUAAUAUUGCAUAAUCCAAUUUACAGGAUCAGAGGAUGGGAAGAUCCACGUCUGGAAUGGAGAGACUGGAAUGAAAGUCGCAGUGCUAGAUGGGAAGCACACAGGCCCUAUUACCUGUUUACAGUUCAACCCAAGAUUUAUGACCUUUGCCAGUGCAUGUUCCAAUAUGGUAAGGAGACAAUAUGUUUCUACAGAACCCCAGCCAAAUUGAAUAUGUGCAUGCUUCGGACAAAUGGGCACUCCUUAUGGGUGUUUGAAAGUGAGUACAGCUUUUUAUAGGGAUGAGGACCUUGUCAAAGCAGAGUUGAUUGCAGAGAAAUCUACUUGCAUUCAAGCCCCCUGCAGGGGAAGGUCAGGGACCCUGUGUGUGCAUACGAUGCUGUGAGGCUUGUGUGUGCACUCCUGUCCCCUUAACAUACUUACAGAACAGUGCACUUCAAAAUGCACAUGGACUGUGUAAGCAGGAAGUAUAAACUCUCAAUUUAUAUUGAACAGUUCUUUGUAAUUAGAAAAUUGGCAGACAUACUAGAAUCACACUGAUUUUGUUUCUUCUUUCAGGCCUUUUGGUUACCCACUAUAGAUGACUAAUUCCGGAUUCAUCUUUUCCAUUGGACAGUUUUCAAAUUGUACUGACAGCAAGGUAUUUGUGAAGACUGUAAUAGAAGUACUGGGAUUACAUCGCAGACUUGAAUGCUCCCAUGCAGCACAUCCUAUUUAUAUUUUGGUAUGCCAGGCUCUUUGCUGCAUCCCUUCAAAAGGAUUUUUUCAUUUGGCUGCGCACCUACCAGUUCAGGAACUUGAGAUCCUAGCAAGUAUCGUCCCGAAUUGUAGCAGAGCUUUGGUUUAAUAUUGGCACAGCAAAUACAUGUUGAUACAUCAGUCCCUUUUGUUUUUAAUUGAGGGUUAUCAAUUGUAAGCUCCUAGGAUUCUGGGCUUGUUUAAAAACAAACUUUCCAGAAUGUUUUCUCUGUUCUGAAAUAUCAACAGUAAAUACACUCUGCACUCCUUAAGUGCUUCUCUGUGCCACAUAAAUCUUUGUGCCAUAUAUACAGCAACUACCCCAUUCUUGGAGAAAGCUUAUUAUGCUACUAAUACUCCCAUGAGACUUUAUAGACAUUUUGGAUUCCUCGACAUGGCAGUGUCGAGGACAUGCAGGGACUUGGCAUGGAUGAUCCUAAGCAAUAAAGAAGUUUUCAGCUGUAAAAUGCAUUUAAAAACAGACUGGAUGGAAAUGCAUUCUCUGUACCCCUUCUUUCAGUGUAAUUGCAACUGAUUAUGUAAAUAUGGGGAGGGGGUGGAUGGAGCAUAUUUUUUUACUUUUAGAUAUUAAAAAGUAACAUUUGGACCAAUACAGUAUUGUGGAAUUAGUCUUGGUUCUUCACCUGCCUUUCACACAUCGGUCUUCCUGUUCUCCAUACUUCCAUUCCAUUCCUCCAAGGCUAGGCACAGCUUGUACUGCCCCCUUCCCUAAAUAUUUACACCCAUUGUGAAUGGGGUCAUUCUGUUAGUGCAAAUUUAGUUAACUCUGUCAAACUAACUUGAUGGGACUGCAGAAUUUCCAGUUUGUUUCCAGCUUGUUUGCUUUCUUGGCCUGUGAGUCCUUUUGCUGAAGAACAAAGGGACAUGUAAGUAAGCAUGUCAUGUGGCAACAGGAAAUGAAAUCAAGGUCAGCUGUUCUAUUAUAGUGAUGUGCAUCUGGGCCUACUGCUUUGUAGUCUUCACAACCAAGUACUUAAAACUAGUGUCUGUACAUUUCAACAAUUAUCAUCCAAGUAAGCACAAUUUCAGUGCUUCAUGCUCUAGUGAUUUUGAACUCCCAUGAAGCCCUCACUCUUAAAGCCACUAGCAUUUUGAUACGGAACCAUGUUUCCUUUGGCUACAUCCUGGCUUUGCUAAGUGUUGUUCACACCUUAACUUUCCUCUGCAUUUAGAACAUGCUCUGGUGGUACAUGUUACAGUACUGCAUCCCAGGCAUUCUCUACAUCCUCCACAAAGAGCUGCUGCGCAGGAGCUGAGGAAUGUAACAUUUUAAGUUUGAGCUGCUGGGGUAGAUAACUCCAAUUGCCUUAUUAUUAACUAAAUCGCAUGGGUUUUUGUUGUGUUUGUUUCCAGCGGUUGCUCACUCUGCAGAGAUAAUGGCUGGAUCUCUCCUGAGCCUGCCAAAGUUCAAGGAUGCAGGUAGCCGCAGCUCAGGGAUUUGCCUCAGCUGCAUCAGCACACAACCUCCUGGCUUCUUCUGUUUUAAUUCACAGUAUGGCAGCACUAGCAGGACUGUCAGAUGCAGUGUUGAGAGCCAGGGGCAGCACUAUUACAUCAAUUAUGUUCUUGGCAGUAAUUCAUUUGCAUGGUGCUGCACUGAGCUGCAUGUUCUUUUCUACGAGCAGUUCAGUUAAUUUUUUUUAAUCAUAAAAUCUUGCCCACUCUGCCACAAAAAGAGAAGUCAAUGAGUGCUUUACUUUUUGCCUUGAGUAAGCUGCUACUCUACUGAAGCUGGUUCUCAGUAGGCAGUGGAGUGUAUGUGUACUGCAUUUACUUUUGCCGGGAGCUAGUUUUGAUCAAACCAUUUUUUAAAGAAAAGCACUGUUUGCAAAUGAACUCAUAUUUGUUAACUGUAUUAUGUAUCCUAAGUUACAUGUUGCAUUUUGUAAACCUGUAUUUGCAGACUUUACAGAUACGUUAAAGUCAAGAAUAAAUUGCAGUAUUAAGACACAAGGAGCACUGCUGUCCUCCAUUAACUUUGCCACGUAGUGUUCCCACCAUGUAUGUAAUGGAUGUUUCCUGGCUACAGUAUUUCUUCACUCUUGAACAUACUGUAUCCUUCCAGCAAAGUGUGCAAGUCAUCAAUUUUUCCAGAGUCACCGAAGCUAAAAUAGAUGCAUCUUCUGAAGCAGUUGCUAGAUGUUAAGAUAAAGAUUUUAUGAAGAUCUACUGCACUGCCAGGAGGUAAGAUUCUAAGGCCUGUUCAGUUAUGAAAGUGACCCUCAAACCUCUUAACUUUUUUUUUUUUUUAAAACAUAGGUUUAUUGGCCCUAAAUGUUUUACACCAAGGAAGGGGAACCUUAUCCCUGGGUGGCCAAAUGUGGCCUUCUAGUUCACACAACUUCACUAGAGUCCAGCCUCCACCAUUUCCCCAAGUGAUUUUAUCUGUCUGCAAUGUGUUCUUGAUCUGUCUUACUUGCCUAGAUGGAAGACUGAGGGUUGUGCAGCUAAUAAAAACCAGACUGCAACGUAGAAUAAUAUAUAAAGGGAAGAGUCACAACUGCUGCUCUGACCUAUUUAAAACCCCCAUAUAGUUGCCCAUGAGUGAAUGUGGCCCGUGGACUGAAAAAGUUUUCCCCACCUGUGCGCAGAUAGUCUAUUAGAGAAAUGGGAGCACUGUUGGUCAAACAAUUCUGGGCAAAAACUUGGGUAAUUUGUUUCUGCUUCUGUUCUAUAAAAAUACACGUAGUUUGGUUUUAGACUUUUAUAGCAUGUAGGUGUAUGGUAGACUAUGUGUUCAGCUUUAAUAAUAUGUAUGCCUGUUUGCUUACUCUUCCAUCUGGACUCAUUUUAAAAAAAUAUCUGUUAAGUGGUUCCAUAUGCAAGCUACUGUCUUGGUGCUUACAACUUACUAUUGCCCGUUUAACUCUCAGCUUCAUAGCUUUAUAGAGUACUGCCCAUUUCAAAAGAGAUAAAUGAGGAUGCAUUAGGAAUUAUAGUUUUAAUCAAAGAAUGAACUUCACUGGGUAUGUGAGCUAAGGCUGCAGUCUCAUGCAGAAACAAAUCCCAUUAAAACCUGACUGGCUUGUCUAACAAGGAACAGAAUGUGUGUAAAGUUGUCAUGAAAUGCUAAAUACAGUGUUUGUACAAAAAUAUAUUGUAGGUUGAUUUUACUGUUAAACCAUGUAUGCUGUUUGAAGAGAGUAUUGUACCUGUAGGAGACAAGACUGUCUUUGGUCAUCUCCUUCUGCCCCCUUCAGUUUUCCUUUUCUAAAUGGCACUCAAAAUUGUAGGGUUUUAGAAGCUACUGAGUAGUUUGGCCCUCAUUGGCCCAUAUUGAUGGUUUGUUAUUUUUAAAAUAAUGUUCUGUCUUCUAGGUAUGCUGGUAAGAGGAUAGGUAGCAAUAUGCUUUAGUUAACCUGGGGGUAGUCAACCUUUUUAUACCUACCGCCCACUAAGGCAUCUUUCUUGAUGGUAAAAUUUCCUUACCGUCUACCAGUGCUUGAUGGAAGGAUUCAGCUUGUGCCGUAGAACCCCCUACCACCCACCUAGAAUCCUGAAACGCCCACUAGUAGGGACCAGGUUGACAACCCCUGGGUUAACCUAUCUGGCUUGGAUUUGCAUUGAGAUGGAUGUGCCAUGAAGAAUUGUUCUGAGGCAUAGUGAGGAUGUUACACGUUACCAUAGCAAACCCAUCCCAUGUUAGCUAGGGCUGUUUCAUACUCAGAACAUAUUAAAGUUUCUGAUGGAAAACCCAUUUACCACCAAUGGAAAAAGCAGGAUGCAGUCGUAUGAGACAGACCAGCGGAUUCUGUUUAUCUCUUUAGUUAAAACAGAAAUAAUUAAAUACAUUAUGCAGUUAGAAUGAUUCUCAAUUUGGUGUUUUUUAUGCUGAACUUUACUGCAGGGUAUAUCUGUCAACUUGAAUAAAUGUACCAUUUAUUUUAAAAUAAAAACUAGAUAUUUUAUUGCAUUUAAAAAUAACCAUGUUUAAGUCACAACAAUAUACAAAAUUAUAAACAAAAUACAAGGUUGUCUGACCUAAAAAAAGAAUUAUUUUUUUUUUUAAAGUGCUCACCACGUACCAGUACCUCAGCUUCAGCUUGAAGUUUUGAGGCAAAACUUGGUAAACACUAUAUUUAAUACAGAUUCCAUUAAAAGACUGGGCAAACCCCUGUACAGAAUUGUUGCAUGAAAAGCACUGGGACUUUCACUUAGUGGUUUGUGGUCAUGUUUUCAGUGUAUUGAUGUAGCUUAACAUCUUGCUGUAACUUCUGUGAGCCAUGAUAGAAGCUGUUUAGCUUGGUACAUUUUGUAAGAUAUACAAAGUUGCUGCUAAAAUCCCAUUUAAGAAUAAAAUGGAUUAAGUUC